AUCAUGACAUAAUUAUCCGACUCCAUCAAUACCAGCUGAGAGGAACAGUGGAGGAUUUUUGUCAUGGAUCAUCAGACCUCAGGCCCACACAGCCACACCCCCGGCUAUCAGUGGCUGUCUUUUGCUUACCAGGGCCUGACGGAGAUCCCAUAUGAAAGCAUUCUGACACAGACAGAGACACUGGAGGUGCUGGACCUGAGCUACAAUCUGCUGGAUGAGAACCUGGCUCUGCUGGGUCAGCUGGAGAAGCUCAGCACUCUGAUCCUGGACUGCAACAACUUCACAUCUCACAUCAAGUUCCCCUACAUGCUGAGUGUCACCACAGUGUGCAUCAACAAGAACAAGAUCAACAACCUGCCCGUGUUUGUGGAGGAAAUCAGACGAAAAUUCCCCAACUUAAAAAUCCUCAGUAUGAUGAACAAUGAGGCAGCACCGAGCUAUUUUAAUGGAGGCAGUCUGACCCAGUACAAAGAUUACAGACAGUAUGUCAUCAGUCAGAUCCCUGGCCUGGAGAUCCUGGAUGACACAGAGGUCCUGGAGAAGGAGAGAGCCCAGGCUAGAAAAACAUACCAGCUGCAGCAGAUCAGUCGCAGCAGCAGGAAGAGGAAGGAAGACUCAUCCAAGAAACACACACAAAUGAAGAAAAAGUCAAAUACUGUCAUUAGACAAUAGGAUAUGCUCAGUUAUUAAGAUCUCUGCUUAAAUGUUACUCUGUCAACAUUAUUAUUCAUGUGUUCUGUAUCUGCUGGUUCAACAUGUAUUUAAAGCAAAAAAUAU